ACCAGCUGCUGCGGUAAUAGUUCACGUGCUGUCUACUGACGAUGUAAAAACCUAUCAGAUGUCGGCUACAUGCCAUAAAGCACUUUUACAAGCGCGCGUACCAAGCAUUGCCUACACGCUGGGCGUGUGUAAAAAGCCUUCCUUUCAGGAAAUGUCAUAAAUGGUUUAUAUGCGUCGUUCGUUGCAGUAAAUGUGAAUUGCGGUGCGACUACUUCAAUACGGAAUUUUGUCUGGUAGCGGUGGUAAGAAAAUGGCACGGUAAAGGUGGAGAAGCUUUCUGGCAACCUUGCUUUCAAGAGCUUGCGGAACAAGCUGCAGGGUGAUGAAAAAACAUUGGCUAAUACACUUAUGCCUUAAAACUGAGUGUGGAAAAGUGGUGGUUUGGAUUGCUGACAAGAUUAUCAAGCAUCUGAGGGAUUUGGAAAGGACAGUAAAGUAAACAUGACUGCAGAUGCCACGAAACACAGGAAGGAAGCAUGACUUGGAAAGCUUUCUUUAUGAUGCACAGGUUUUGUCUAAGGAGAUAGCAGCAAAUGCCACAGGAGUUUGUACAUCUUCGGACGGUUUUGAUGAUGCUUCGGAGGAGUGACUCUUAAGAAAAAUAUCGAGGAAAAUGUUCGUCAGGAGUUUUUUUCCGUCUUCCAUCUUGUCUCUGGCGUGGGUUGUCGUACUUCUGCUGAACACAAAAGGUAUAUUUGCUUCCGCUCCUCACCGUCGACUUCGACACGACCUGUUCUACAAUAACAGCUCCUACGACAUAUCGGUCCGUCCGGUCAAGAACGACAGUCGCCCAACAGUCGUCGAGAUGCAGUUCUUCGUAGCCCAGGUGUUGGACGUGGACGAACGGCUGGAAACAUUCAAAAUCAACGCCUGGCUGACAAUGAGAUGGAAGGACGAGUAUCUGGUCUGGGACCCAAACGACUACAACGGACUCAAAAAUUUUAAGAUUCCAAAGGAAAAAUUGUGGAUGCCCGACCUCUGGUUAUACAACAAUGCAGGGAGCCGUUACGACGAUUACGCCAAAAACUCCAUCUGCAGCGUAUAUUACGAUGGCAGGGUAGUGUGGCAGUCGCCCUCUAUCAUCAUGACACACUGCCAGAUGGACGUGACCAACUUCCCAUUCGACAGACAGAACUGUGAGGUUCAGUUUGGUCCGUGGCAGCACGGAGCCGAUGAAAUUAUUCUGGAAGGAACUGGUUCUGCUGAUCGCUACCUCCGGAGUUCUGGGGAGUGGUCUCUGAUGAACUUCACCGCCUCUAACGGCUUGGAGGGCUACCAAAUCUACCCGGACGACCCCGAGGUACCUUUUACCUUCGUGACCUACUCAGUGGAGUUGCGGCGUAUCCCUACGUACUUCGUCUUCUACCUGAUCAUGCCCUGCGUCUUGAUAGCCUGUACCACGCUACUAAGCUUCUUCCUACCCGCAGAGUCUGGUGAGAAGGUCAGCUUGAGCAUCACCGUGCUCCUGUCGCUGACCGUCUUCCUGCUCCUGGUGGCCGAGCUUCUCCCUCCGUCUGGAGCCGUGCCGAUCGUCGCCAUCUACUACGCCUCUACUAUGGUCAUGGUGUCACUGUCGUUAGCCAUGUCUGUCGUGGUUCUUAACCUUCAUCACAUGGGACCAGCCCCGCAACCCGUCCCCCAAUGGCUGCGUAGUCUCAUCCUCAGCAAGUUCGGCAGACUGAUCCUGAUGCGAAAACUGACGGCCUUCGACAAAAAAGUGGUCAGGGAUUCCAAAAACAACAACGGAUGUGUGGGCAAGCGACGGCACAAGCGACCCAUGAGGAAACUUUUCGCAAACGUGGAGCUGAAGGGGACAUUUGAGAACGAUCACGUGGUCGGGACAACCAUCAGCCUGGACGGGAACAGCUCGUCCUCUGGGAACGAGAGCGAGAAGCGCCGACGACCCCACCCCUUAGGUCAACACAUGAGGGCGGUCUCCACGCCUUCCAUUCCCUCCUACCCGGAGGAGAGUUCACGCCAAAUGGCCAUGCUGCGGCAAAUCCUGGACGAGUUCAAAUGCAUCCGGGAGAAUUUCGAAGCCAAGGAUAAAGAGGAAACGAUGCGCGCUGAAUGGAAACAGGUAGCGCUGGUGGUUGAUCGGAUCUUCAUGGUGCUGUAUGUGAUCGGCAUGCUGGCGACUCUUUUCAUCAUUAUUGGCCACAUUACAUGAAACAGCCGUCACCUAAGGAGUUAAUCCGAUCCUGCCUCAUCCAAGUCACACGAUCGUCUUCCAGUAAAUAAGGCUUUCGCACAAUUUUGAUACUCCCUUUUGGGUUUUGUGCUUUUGUGUUUUCAUUAUUUGUGAAGGACACACAGGCGAUGAAGCAUUGUGGGAAGGUCGAUUACCAUAAAUAAUGCACGUGCAUUUCAUGCGCACGUGUCGUGCGCAAGUGCGUUCCUAUAUUGGGUAAACAAGCGCUCGAAAGAAAGUGGUGAUCAUCAACAGGCGAAAAUGGUUUUGAAAGGACACCCUCAUUGCAUCAAGAUUAGACUACAAAGGGUGUCGUUGUAGACAAGAUAAACUACCUCAUAUGAGCGAAACUGCGGAAUGCAUCAGGUUUCCGCGCGUGUAAAUAUCUUUUUUUAAUGAUUGAAUUAUUGUGUGAUUUUCCCUGGAGGAUGUGAAUGAAGUUAUUGCAAUGUAACUGACAAAGCCUCCUUUUUUUAAGGCCAAUUUGCCGCUUUGCGAUUAAUUUCGUCAAGAAAAGAAAAACCAGAUCAUUUAGUUCUUCAUGAAGUCAACUUCGUUAUUGACUUUUAUGAAGCCUACAAUCCCGAAUCUGUGAAAUUCAAUGCAACUAUGGAUUGCGUAAAGAGCUUUAACUCAGUUGACUGAGAUCUGUAGCUAAACUAACACGAGGACACAUUUUGUUUAGUUUCGGUUGAACCUUUGACCUCUGGCUUAACCUGAAAGUGUCCUCGUGUUCGAAACAGUAGAGGGCGCUAUCUGUUUUCUUUUAACAGAAAAAUGGCGAAGAGGUUGUACGAUUUGGACCUCGUUAGUUGAAAGGUGAAAGCAACCGGACUUGUGUUCUCAGUUGUAGUAGAUUGUUGUUUCUGUAUUGGCUAGAGAUCUUGGAUAACAUGCAGGGAAAGGUACGACAAGAGGCCCGGAAUGGACACCGAAUGAUCAGGUAACGAUGCGUCAAUUAAUGUACACAAUCACCACACAGCCUGAGUGUGUGACUUUCAUUUUGUGUUCAGCUUUUAGGACCAAAGCCCAAUUUCAUUGCGCUGCUUUUGUAAAACGAAUAAUCCCUGCUCACUGUAGCGCAACAUUUUGUGGUUAUCGUUA